CAGGAAGUAGGGCGGAAGCAGUCGUCACCGUUAAAGGCGGCGGCGGCGGUGGCGGUGGCUCAGAGGCCCCGCUGAAGGAUUUAAAAAAAAAAAUUAAAUGUCUUUAAAAUGUUCCUCUUUUAUACUUUCCUCGAUCCCGCAAGAUAUCUGACGACGACAACAACAACAACGGCAUGAGCCGCCCUUCGUCAGCCGGGGGCGGCAAAAGCGGCGGUGGAGGAAACAAGCAGAGCCAGGGGACGACGUCUUCGGGCCUCGCACCAUGCGGCAGCGGCGGCGGCGGUGGCAGCAGCGGCAGCGGCAGCAGCGCCGGCAACUCCACCUCGUCCCCUCUUCACUCGGGCUCGCAACAGCAGCAGCAACAGCAGCAGCAGCAGCUUCAGGGGCAGCAUCAACAACAACAUCAUCAGCAGCAGCAGCAAGGCCACGAGCUGACGGCGCUCUUCGAAUGCCCCGUGUGCUUUGACUAUGUCCUGCCGCCGAUCUUGCAGUGCCAGUCGGGGCACCUGGUGUGCAACUCGUGCAGGCAGAAGCUCUCCUGCUGCCCAACAUGCCGGGGACCGCUGUCACCCAGCAUUCGCAACCUGGCCAUGGAGAAGGUGGCCUCCACGGUGGCGUUUCCCUGCAAGUACGCCCCGUCGGGCUGCGCCCUGGCACUGCACCACUCGGAGAAGCCGGAGCACGAGGACCAGUGCGAGUUCCGCCCCUACCCGUGCCCCUGCCCGGGCGCCUCCUGCAAGUGGCAGGGCCCCCUGGAGAGCGUGAUGCCCCACCUGGCCACCUCGCACAAGUCCAUCACCACCCUGCAGGGGGAAGACAUUGUUUUCCUGGCGACGGACAUCGACCUCCCCGGCGCGGUGGACUGGGUGAUGAUGCAGUCGUGCUUCGGGCACCACUUCCUCCUGGUCCUCGAGAAGCAGGAGAGGUACGAGGGCCACCAGCAGUUCUUCGCCGCCGUGCUCCUCGUGGGCUCGCGCAAGCAGGCCGAGGGCUUCGCCUACCGCCUGGAGCUCAACGGCAACCGGCGGCGGCUGAGCUGGGAGGCGGUGCCGCGCUCCAUCCACGAGGGCGUCUCCUCCGCCAUCCUCAACAGCGACUGCCUCGUCUUCGACGCGGCAGUGGCGCAUCUCUUCGCCGACGGCGGCAACCUCGGCAUCAACGUCACCAUCUCCAUGUGCUGACGUUGGCGGGUGGGGGGAGGAGGAGGAGGAGGAGGAGGGGAGUGGAGGUGGUCAAGGUCUUUUAACGCCCGCCUGCUGCUCCGCGCGCACGCUCGCUGUCAAACCUGCGCAGCCAACUUGAAAGGAAUAUGAAGGGAAAACGAAAAACGAUUCGAAGUCGAAUCGGACGCGCCGCCGACCCCGGGAGAUUGUUUUUGAUGAGGACAGCCAGCGAGGAACGCGGUCCUGCGAUGGCGCCAGGGAACAAUGACAUCGAAUUACAUGUUCGACCGUCAAUCCGUCGUCUGCGGCGGCUUCGUCAAUUUAAAGAUCCUGUCGGCGGGAAACCGCGUGGGGAGCCGCCAACUUGAACUUGAAUCCGUCGCGAGCGAGCGAAACGAGCUUGCGGGCAACUUGUGGACGUCGCGACUCGGCGACGCGAUGGCGACGCGAUGGCGACGCGAUGGGGACGCGAUGGCGACGCGAUGGGGACGCGAUGGCGACGCGAUGGCGACGCGAUGGCGACGCUCUCGGGCCCCCCCCCCCCCCCAAGGCUGGCCAGUAACAGCAGCACACACUGGAGGACGAUGGAAAUGGACGAUGGUGCGCGUGCGUGCGUGCGCGCGUGCUUGCCGGACUUAAUAAGCGCCGCUCGCUCACGACACAUUGCCCUUUCCCCCCGCACCCUACGGUCCGUUGAGGCUAUCCCGGGGAUAUCUGCGUCUUGUGUGUGCGCACGCUCGCGGGAUAUCUAAUUUUUAAGAUUAAGCUUUUUUCCCCGCCGCCACCCCCUCCUCCCCCCCCCCCCCCCUUCUUCCGUAACGUUUUAUCCUUUUCAUUGUCAUUUUAUUUUCGUUACUUUUACGGACGCACGAUGGCAACGGACGCCAGGGAACAGUCGGCGUGCAUAUUUGGGAUUGGCGUGAGAGGAUGAAAGUAAAACAAAAACCUACAAACGCAGGAGAUGAUAAACCCCCUCUUCUUGACGACAGCAAUUGGUUCCACGAAGCCGGUCGUGAAGUUAUUUGGGUCGUUGAGCGAGUUUAGGAAACGCACGUCAAAGGCUUAUUUGGUUACGACAGCAUCGAGAGA